AUGAAUUGGUCCAUUCUGGCUAGUGCUGCAUUGCAACGGCAGUGCGGGAUCGAAGUCGAAACCGAGAGCGAAGUUCAGGAUCUGAUCACCUUGAACAGACUGAAUGUGAUAUGGGUGGUGAAAUCCUUGAACAGACUGGAUGAGAUCUUGGUGGUGAAAUCUGAGGAUCCGGCAAUGCAGAUCUCGGCCGUUACUACUAGAUCGAAGGCCAGAUCCGGUGUGAGAUCGGGAUCCAAUCCCUCGGUAUUGUGCGAAGAAGUGAUCAGAGAGCUCAGGAUCGAGCGAAUCCGGCAGACACAGGACGAGGAGGCGUGGAUCCACAAUUUGAAUAAGUAUCUGGUUGGUGAAAUACGCGAUCUGACACAGGAAGAGGCCAGACCUUGCGGAUCUAUCACUAUGAAUUAUGAAGUGGACCAGCACGAUCUCCUGAUCUAUUGUCCCACUACAAAGGAAACAGCUGCGGAUCGGGACAAAUUGUGUUACCCGAAACGCUGCAUCAGGAUGUCCUACACCAUUAUCAUACCAGUCUCCAAGGUGGACAUCAAGGGAUCGGUCGCACUUACGAUCGGAUCCGGGAUCAUUUUCACUGGAGAGGAUUGUAUCGAAGUGUGCAAAGAUAUGUCGGUGAGUGUGUGGAUUGUGACACUGGAAAAGGGCGACCCCGGAUCCAGGGCGAAUCGCCGGAUCAUCGACAUUGACAACGUCCCCUCAUUGCCCAGAUCCUAUAAGGGUAAUCCUGAGAUGUUGAUCUUCGAAGAUCUCUUCUCUGGAUAUGUAAUUGUCAAAGCGAGCGGGCGAGCGGAUCCAGGACAGCUCAGACCAUUUGGUGCCAGUGAGGUGAUCCACCAUGAUCGAGAACUCGGAUCUAUGUCCGAUUUCUUUCGUGCGUUUAAUAAGAUCCUGGAUCAGUGUCAACGUACAACAAUGGCGUAUAUACCCCAGGCGAACGGAUUCGCCGAAAGGAUGGUACAGACUACCACAAGGACACUUAAGAUGUACGUUCAAGAUCUGGAUCAGCGAGACUGGGACGAGUAUGCAGUGCGACUCACCUUCGCGAUCAACACCGCUCGGGAUCGGAUCCGCGGAGAGACGCCCUUCUACAUGGUUCAUGGCUGGGAUCCGAGAUGGGAAAGGCAUUACCAACAGGCACGGGAGCAGGUGAACCGGCGCUUACGGGAGGGGAUCGCAGAUCGGGCGGAUCAGCACAAUGACAUAGUGCGCCCACAUCAGGUGGAGGUCGGAUCCCGGGUGUGGUUAUACUUGGAUCGGGUGCGAGAGGGAUAUGCCAAGAAGCUUGCGCAUCUGUGGCAUGGCCCUUUCCGUGUGGUCGAGAAGAUUGGCGAGUAUGCAGUGAAACUUGAGAUAGCCGGAUCCGCAUUCCAUAUCUCCCCCAUAGAUCAAGAUCGCCUGGAUUUCGACGAAGCACUCCUUCCCGGACAUAGCUGGAUCCAAGUCCGCGAUCCGGACGAGUAUGAGGUCGAGAGGAUCUCGGAUAUGAGGACCGGCAGGAAGACAAUAUACAGUCGGAUCUUGCGUGAAUUCCUGGUACACUGGCGGGGUACGAGGAUCCGACUUGGAUCGAUGAGGCAGAUCUCAACUGUGGAGCGAUACUCCACGAAUUUUUGCGGGAUCGUGCCAAUCAGACCCGGUUCGGCGUGA